AUGGCCAAGGUUACGCUGCUGCUGCUGGCGGUGUGGGUGCUGGCUGGGCAGCUGUGGCUGGGGUCCGAGGCCCGGGCAGCACCCUACGGAGUGAAGCUUUGUGGCCGUGAAUUCAUCCGGGCGGUCAUCUUCACCUGCGGAGGCUCCCGGUGGAGACGGUCAGGCUUCCCGGCCCACGAAGCCACGGGGGAGGCCUUCCUGGAUGCAGACGCUGAUGCAGACAGCCUGGCAGGACAGCUGGACGAAGCUGUGGGCUCCAGUGAGUGGCUGGCCCUCACCAAAUCGCCCCAGGCCUUCUAUGGUGGCCAACCCAGCUGGCAGGGGACCUCUAGGGUCAGCCGAGACGUCCUAGCUGGCCUCUCCAGCAACUGCUGCAGGUGGGGCUGCAGCAAAACCGACAUUAGCAGCCUCUGCUAG